AUGGCAAAGACACAAGACCAACUUAACGUUCCAAGUGUUCAGAAUAUCCAGGUCAUCCUGCUGGUGGCCGUCUAUGCAUUGCGUUCCCCUUCAGGGUCUAGCAUAUGGCACUUGUGCGGUUUGAUGAUCAGGCAAUGUGUCGAACUGGGACUCCACCGGCAACUAAGAAAAGAUAUUAGCACAGCAAGCUCUGACGAAUUCAAACGGAGACUCUUCUAUAGCAUCUACCACCUCGAGCGCAGAAUCGUCCUAGUUCUGGGCAGGCCGUUGACUAUAGCUGAUGAUGAAAUCGACACCCCGUUACCCAGAGAGAUCGAGGACGACCAUUUCCAAGACCCCUCCGAGCUUCCAGAGAGCGGCCGCGAAACCACGGCGUGGAACGAAAACAGUCGGCCACGAGGCCCUCGUACAGGCCCGAGAACUGACAUUAUAUUCCACGUCCACAACAUCCGCUUAGAUCAGAUCAACGCGAAAAGUCGUCUUGCGCUCUCACGUCUCGCCAAGGCAGAACGUGGGACAAAGUUCGAGCAAAAGAUUGCAAAGCGAUUCCAAGAACUUGAGGACUGGAAAACGGCCAUCUUUGGACACUCUGGAGUUGAUGAAACCACAGAUCUGAUGUUUUCCACGGUGAGGACGCCUGUUCAAACACCAGUGUCGCGGCUUGCCAUGCCAGAAGCACAGCGCCUGACGCUACUACUCAACUAUCACCGAGCUCGCCGUCUGCUUCUUCAGACCAUUCUCACCGAAGUCCAGCUGUUCAACCAGCCAUUCCCGUUUGCUUCCUUUGCCAAAUCAUCUGGUGAAGUCUGCCAGCUUAAUCGACGACUUCACCGCAUACGAUCUGUGCCCUUCACGCUACUGGAUCUGCACUCAGUCUUUGUAGCUGGCUUCACUCUAGUCUUUUGCGCGUGGUCUGACCCCAGCCUCUACGACGCUGAAAUGGCGGCGGACUUGGGUGCUUGCUCAACUGUGCUGUAUUUGAUCGCCGAACAGUGGGGGGAAGGGGCGAAGAAAUACCGUGAUGCCUUUGAGCUGGUCGCGGGCAAGACGGCAGAGUAUGUCCUCCGCCCAAAGCGCUCACAUACCAGCAGUCAACAGCAGACGGGAUCUGUUGGCAUCCAUGCCACAUCUCACUCGGGAUCAUCAGGUGACGCGGGCCUAAGCGGUGUGAUGCCACCACCGACCUCUUCUGAUGCUAUGGAGCAAUCCAGUAGUGAUUCUUGGACAAAAGAUGGCUUCGACGUCUGGCAGAUGAUGACUGAGUUUGUGCAGACUCAGGACAGUGAUUUCGAGUGCGACCCAGUCAAUUUUAGAGAGAUCGAAACCUUUCUGACGGAAGAAGGCUUGGGUUGGUUCAAUGGAGGCACGGGCACGGGCUUCUGA